AUGGCUCGUCAGAAGAAAGCAAGUACCCUGGCUCUGGACAAGGCAUCCACCAACAUUGCAGCCGCCCAGAUGCGCAAUGCUCUGAAUCGACUUGCGGACCAAAUUGAGGACAAGAAGGAGCGGGACAGCUUCGAGUUUGAAAUGGACAACUUCUUCUCGAUGUACCAACGCUAUCUGCUGUCCACCGUGAGCGGCGAUAAACUCGAUUGGGACACUGUUGCUACGCCCAAACCCGAGCAGGUCGUGCAGUACGGCGAGCUUGUCAAGAAUUCGGCUCGGGACGGCGCCAAGUACUUGGACAAGUUGGCCGUGCUCAAGCUGAACGGUGGCCUCGGCACAUCCAUGGGCUGCGUCGGUCCCAAGUCCAUUAUCGAAGUCCGCGACGGCAAGACAUUCUUGGAUCUCAUGGUGCGCCAGAUCGAGUAUCUCAACUCGGAGCAUGGCACCAAUGUUCCGUUCAUUCUCAUGAACUCUUUCAACACUGACGAUGAUACUAGCACUAUCAUUGAAAAGUACCGUGGCCGAAACAUCGAUAUCAGGACCUUCAAUCAGUCGCGGUUCCCCCGCAUCAACCGGGACACGCUGCUGCCUCUGCCCGACUCGCCCAGCGAUCCGGUCGAUUCGUGGUACCCUCCCGGUCACGGUGAUCUGUACGAGAGCGUUUUGCGUACCGGUAUUCUCGAUGAGCUUCUCGAACAAGGCAAAGAGGUUCUGUUUGUAUCCAACGGUGAUAACCUCGGGGCCACCGUGGACACUGAGAUUCUCAAGCACAUGGUCGAGAGCGGAAGCGAGUACAUUAUGGAGCUGACAGACAAAACCCGUGCCGAUGUCAAGGGUGGUACGUUGAUUGACCACAAUGGCAAAGUUGAGCUGCUUGAAAUUGCCCAGGUGCCCAAGGAGCACGUGGAGGACUUCAAGUCGAUCAAGAAGUUCAAGUACUUCAACACCAAUAAUCUGUGGAUCGAUCUGCGUGCCAUGAAGCGCAUUCUCGAGAACAACGAGCUCGAGAUGGAGAUCAUUGUAAACCCCAAGUCAAUCAGCCACGGCGGCCAUGAAACAAACGUGCUGCAGCUCGAGACUGCAGUGGGUGCUGCAAUCCGCUACUUCCGUAACUCGCGCGGUAUUAAUGUUCCCCGUACCCGCUUCUUGCCCGUCAAGACCUGCUCUGAUCUGCUCGUGGUCAAGAGCGAUUUGUACACUUUAGAUCACGGAUCUCUGUCGAUUGAUCCCCGCCGGUUCGGAGGUGCACCCUUGAUCAAGCUCGGCCCUCACUUCAAGAAGGUCAGCAAUUUCCAAGAACGGUUCCCGCAGAUCCCCAAGAUCCUCGAACUCGAUCACCUCACAGUGACCGGUAAUGUCUUCUUUGGCCGCAACGUCGAGCUCAAGGGAACGGUUAUCGUGGUGUGCGAGGAGGGAAACAAGAUCCAUGUUCCCAAUGGCUCGGUGCUGGAAAAUGUCGUCAUUACCGGCUCUCUCUCGAUUCUGGAGCAUUAA